AUGAUUCCGGCUAAUAAACGGAAUUUUGACCCGACCUAUAGUGAUGCAAAAAAUGCGUUGCCGAAAAAAAAUAAACGUACCGGAUUGGCGGAUUUGAGCAAUGCUAUCAGCUCAGCCUUACAUAUUGGUUCAAAAGCUAACGAGAAUAUCGAAAAACCCAGACGAGUGCAACCUGUUGUGCGAACUAAGUCUGAAGAACGGAAAUCCUUUCGUGCCAAUGAUUCAAAGCAUGAAUCCGAUUCGGAAUUCACCAAACGUUUGGACCUGAUGAUUUGGGUGGAUCCAUGUCCGGAGUUUGAUUAUGAUGCCACUAAUCUUGGUGAUCCAUUUCAAGUUCCGGAAUAUGCAAUGGAUAUCUUCAAUUACUACCAUCAUCGCGAACUGAAGUUUCGUCCUUUUGAUUAUUUAUGCAGACAUCCUCAAUUGAAGAAAAUUCGCCGUGCGAAAGUUAUUGAUUGGUUCGUGCGAUGUCAAGAAGAUUUCGAAGUAAAUCAUGAAGUGCUGUACCAUACGGUUAAACUGUUUGAUCUCUAUAUGUGUGCUACCAAAAAUAUGGAACAGUUCGACUAUAUAGGAGCAGCUGCAAUGAUUGUUGCAGCGAAACUAGACCAGCAAGGUCCACCUCUUCCGGAUGAUUUCAUAAACCUUCCUCUCAAUCACAGAGUAAAAAUAGUCAACAAUUACGAACGGAAAAUCUUGGCCGCACUUAAUUGCGAUAUCAAUUUUCCGCUUUCAUAUCGUUUUUUGCGACGUUACUCUCGUACUGGAGGUUUAGACAUGCAAACACUCACCUUGGCACGUUAUGUACUGGAAACAUCGCUGCUUUUCUACGAAUUUAUCUGCGUUCCGGACAGUUUAAUGGCCGCAGCAGCUUUGCUUUUAUCUAUGAGGAUGAUAAAAGCUGGAGAAUGGUCAAUAAAAUUGACCAAAUAUUCUGGCUAUAAAUUGGAGCAUGUAGAGCCGCUUAUGUGGCGAUUAAAUCAUAUGAUGAAGAUGCGUUCGAAAGUCUAUCCAGCAUGCAUAAGCAUAGAGGAAAAAUACAGCCAUCCGAUCUUCUACAAUGCCGCCGAUACACAACUCCUUCCGGAUAAGCGCCCACGUAAUGAACCAGUUGGACCACCUGUAGGUCUCGGUUUCGAAAGUUUAGAACUUGUUUGA